GAAACCCUUGCGAGCUUUACGUAGUUGUGCGUCAACUCCCCAGUCCCCCCACCAUCACGGUUCUACAGAGGAAGAAAGGGGGAGACGGGCAACCUAUACAGAACGCUUUCAUACAAUUAUGAGCGGCAGCGGGCGGCCCAGGACCAGCUCCUUCGCUGAGCCUCCCGGAGCUCCCGGAUCCGCUGCAGCCGGUGCCGGAUCAGCAGUAGCCGGUGGGAGCUCGACAGGAAAGACUGGGGCUUCACAAGCCAGUGGAACCAGCUCGACGAGCUUUGGGAAUCUGAAACUGCCUAGAGACAGUGGCAAGGUGACGACGGUGGUAGCCACACCCGGCCAGGGCCCAGACCGCCCACAGGAAGUGUCCUAUACAGACAUAAAGGUUAUAGGAAAUGGCUCCUUUGGGGUGGUCUACCAGGCUCGCCUCAUCGACAGCCAGGAGAUGGUGGCCAUUAAGAAAGUUCUCCAAGACAAGAGGUUCAAGAAUAGGGAGCUGCAAAUUAUGAGGAAAUUGGACCACUGCAACAUCGUGAGGCUACGUUACUUCUUCUACUCCAGUGGGGAGAAGAAAGAUGAGGUGUAUUUGAAUCUGGUGCUGGAUUUCGUUCCCGAGACAGUGUACAGGGUGGCUCGGCACUUCAACAAGGCAAAGACCACCAUCCCCAUCAUCUAUGUUAAGGUGUACAUGUACCAGCUGUUCCGCAGUCUGGCUUAUAUCCAUUCCCAGGGCGUCUGUCACAGAGACAUCAAACCCCAGAACCUCCUGGUGGACCCCGAGACGGCCAUCCUCAAACUCUGUGACUUUGGCAGUGCGAAGCAGCUAGUGCGGGGGGAGCCGAAUGUGUCCUAUAUCUGCUCGCGGUACUAUCGCGCCCCGGAGCUCAUCUUUGGUGCCACCGACUACACGUCCAACAUCGACAUCUGGUCGGCCGGCUGCGUGCUGGCCGAGCUGCUGCUGGGCCAGCCCAUCUUCCCUGGGGACAGCGGAGUGGACCAGCUCGUAGAGAUCAUUAAGGUCCUUGGGACACCAACGAGGGAGCAGAUCCGGGAGAUGAACCCGAACUAUACAGAGUUCAAAUUCCCUCAGAUCAAAGCACACCCUUGGACAAAGGUGUUUAAGCCUCGAACCCCCCCAGAGGCCAUCGCUCUCUGCUCUCGGCUGCUCGAGUACACGCCGGUGACCCGGCUGUCUCCGCUGGAGGCGUGUGCGCACGCCUUCUUCGACGAGCUCCGUCAGCCCAACACCCGCCUGCCCAGCGGACGAGAACUGCCGCUCCUCUUCAACUUCAGUCCCGUCGAGCUGUCUAUCCAGCCCCAGUUGAACUCCACACUCAUUCCUCCUCACGCUCGUGCACAGACAUCGCCUGCCUCACAUGAGGGCGGUGUGUCAGACAGUACCGCCCAGCCCAGCUCAGCACCCGGAUCCAUCAACAACAGCACCUGAGCACCAUCCCUCUGCCAUCCUUUAUUUUCGUCUUCUCCCCCCCCCCCCCCCCCCCCAUCUUCCUUUUCUGUCCUCUGCUCUUCUUCCUCUCAACCUUCCUCCUGGCUCCAAAACCCCCCUUUAAAAAUAAAAAUAGCCAUACGCCCCCCCCGUACACACUCAGCAGUGCUACUGUCCCUGGAUUUUUAACCAAGUCCAAUAGAAAGCAAUCUCCGUGGCUGCUGGCUUCUGGAAGGUGUGGGGUUGUUUUGAGGAUAUUUGGGGAGCCAAGCUUGGGUUUAAUGUAAGCUGCGGUUCAUCUGGCCUGUUAGAAUACAUUUACUCUGCAUUGGAUGGGAUGUUUGGGAUAAGAAGGAGGGGGGGUGGUACAGGUUAUGUGGAUUUUUGUCUGUAUUAUAAUCUACUUUUAUCCCUUUUAUGUUCAUUUUAAUUGCAUUGGUGUAUUUUAUGUGUCGCCGUGGUGCCAAUUAAAUUGAGAGGCCGUGUGAGAGGCCUGACUAAUAAUGACAAUCAUCCUUAGUGGGGGUCAUAAAUGGCUAGUAGUGUAAACGCUUGAUUAUAAGACCCACUUUGUAGACUGGAGGCUCUUGCUUCUCUUUCUACCAAGAAUUUACUCGUGAGUUGUCAGUUCAUCCAGAAACACGGUGACCCCUUUUCUUUAAUCUUCAAGUUUGACCCAAGACCAUAUUGGCUGUUUUUUUAGAGUUGGUUUUGCAUUUUAUUUCAAAAAUGCACCACAGCCUGUCUUUUUAAAACGUCUCCUUUUGAAUAUGAAUUCCUCGACUGCCUUUUAUUCUUCACGAUAAGUUCAUGUCUUCAUCGGUUAAACUAUACGCUUCUCUUAUUGCACAUCUCCAAAAGGGAGUAGAGGGGAAGCAUAGAGAGGGUGCGUUAUGUGUGCUUGUCCAGCUGUCAUCAUAACUUCACACAGAGGUUGGAUGUGGGGCUCCAGGUGAAUCUAAUACAGAAGCCUCGCAUGUCAUAAACACCACCUCAUUAAUUAUGUCACUUUAUGGUUUCUUAUCCGCUUGAUUAUGUUGAUCAGGCUCAGAGAGACUACCACCUUCACUGCUCACCCGGCUCGUCAUUGUCAUUUCACACAGUUAUUUGGUGCAGGAGGAGGACUGAAUCUACUUUGGUUUGUGAGAGCGAAUCGCCGAAACCCUUUUCCCAAACAGUGCGACGCUUCUUCUCGUCCCGCAGUGGUGUUAGGAGGGACUGAAAGUGAUUUGCGCAGCCUACCGUCGGCAGUUCUCUUUCACACGUGCAUGUGCAGCCCACACUAUAUUGCUUCCACUAAUCUCAGUAAUAAUCCGACCAGAAAUGAUGCUCAAACCCUGAAACCCGACUUCUUUUUGGAGCCUCCCCUUCCUCCUCCUCCUCCUCCCUCUACCGUCUGCUUCCCUCUUUCCUCCUCCUUUUUUCACUGCUAAACUGUAAAUAUCAAGUACCUUUUUAUUUUAUUUUGUUAUUAUUGUUAUUAUAUUGUUGUUCUUGUAAUUUUUUUUUUCUCUAGUAGACCGGCGCAGCAGCGUCCGGACUGUUUAUCCUCAGUCGCAGUCUGUAAAUACGAUUUCAUUUCAGUCCCUGGUUCAGGAGGGGAAAAACAGAACAAAAUGUUUCAUUUUUACUCUCUCCCUGCAUUUCUCUCUUCACCACUUUCCCUUUCCCCCUAUACAUGUUGUCAUAACUGUUUUAUUUAUUGUAUCGUGGGUUUUUUUGGGUGGGCGGGGGAUUCGGGGUGGUACAAUUGAGGGUUUUCUUUUUUUUUUUUAUUCCAAAUUUUAGUCCAACUAUGUCACAUGCAAAACCAUUUCACAUCCAAGAUACUGUAGUGAGAUCCGGACGUUGGUGUGCUUUCCAAUCAGUGCUGGCGUGUGUAUGCACAUAAGAGCCAACACGUGGAACUCCAGUUUUUUCAUUUAACUUCAAUGUGAAGGGAAUGUUACAAGCCUCUGGAUCUACAGGGUCGUGGUGUUGAGGGAGCACGGAUAACCCAGUGUGUGAGUGUGUGUGAGUGAGUGUGUGUCUGGAGGAAAGGGGAAAUAAUGAAUCUGUCCAUUGACAUGCAUCAUCUCCUGUGUCCGACCGUCUCCUGUUUCCGCUUACUGUGUUUAGUAUGAGUGUAAAGGUGUUAGGAUGUGUGUAUGCUUCACAGAUACUUUGUGAGUUUCUGCAGGGUGUGUGUGUGUGUGUGUGUACGGACCAUUGACAUUAUUCUCAGUACUCAAGACUUUUUUGAAGAACUCAUUAAAUGUGCUAUUUUAAUGUUUUUUUUCUUCCAUCUUCUGAUCUGUCACACCUUGUUUUUAAUUUGCUGUGGCCCUGCUCUUUUAUCGCUCUCGUCUGAGGGUAAAUGUCAAAGUUGGUAAACAGAACGGUUGGAUAAAGGAGAUGAUGAAGAGAGAGGGAUGGAGGGAGAGAGACAGUUUUUGUUUGUUGGUAUAAAUAAUUAAACUCAUUAAUAAAGUGAUGAAACAGU